GGGCCUACGUCUUGGAUAUUCUCCAAUCGAACACGUCUGGCCAUCACGUUUUAGCCAUGACAUGGAACUUGUCAUGCUGCAGACUUGGGGAUGAUGAGUUCACGUGCAUGUUUUCAAAUAAGUGAUCAAACGACGACCGGUCGAGAUGGGGAAGUGCUCUGGGUUUAGGGUCCUUUGUCUCGUCAGAGGCAACUUGCAAUCAUGACUUACUUUCAGUGUGGUGUCAGGAAAAGUGUUUUAAAUAAAAUCUGUGACUAAACAGCUAACGUUGACGAUGUUUGGUCAGCGUUAGCAUCAGGAUCCGUAAUCCUUCACGUACAUGAAGGAUCGAUCAGCAUCAGCAUCGAUGAGCAACUUGAAGAGUGGCACUCCUACGAACUCAACAUCCUCUGAGGCUUGAAAAAGCGACGAGAGAAAGCGAGAAGAGGAGUGCCAGUGUCACCAGGUUUACGGAUUUUCUGCUUUGGUAAUCCGUCACUUUUUAGCCGCAGAUUCUACGACUCUUCUGUAUUGUGAAUCUCACGAGUGACUCUCGAGUUCUUCGAGACCAUAAACAUUCUUGGACGGGACAGACUAAACGUCGCGUGACAAGGAAUCACAUGGGUUCCGUGGAGCGAACUCCCCGAGCGCUUUUGUUUCCUGUCGUGGCAUCGGGACAUUGGGGUCCAUUUCUGCAGCUCAUACUACAACUUGCUACGAAGAAGCUGAAUUUUACCUUGCUGGCGGAUCGAGGACGAUGUGAUGAAUUGAAGGCUUAUCAGGCGAAGGGAGCGUUUGCAACAAUUGAUGUGGAAUUUCUGGAGGUCUACACAGAUCCGAGCACGCUGAGUCUUCGAAAGGAUCUCGUUCCGGCAAUGUGGACAAAUUUGGAGUCCUUCAUCUCAAAUGGCGAAUUUGAUCCCUCGAGGUACACAUGCAUGAUAAGUGACAUGUUUCUGUAUUUCUGUCAGGAUUUGGCAGAUAAGUGGGGAAUUCCGAACUACUUCUACGUAACAUGCCCCACCUACUUCGGUCUCGUUCUGCUGCACGGAGAAGGAAUUGUGGAUGGAGGCUGGAUUCCUCAAAAUCCUGUCAAGCGAAAACAGUUCCUAGAUCUUCCCGGCCUUGAAAUGUUCACAGGAGGUGAUAUGCCCAUGGCAUUGACAGAAAUGGAACCGGAUUUGUUCCAUUUACUUCCACGUGCAAUUAAAGGGUCUGCUGGGCUCGUAUUCAACUCCUUCGAGGAAUUCGAAAAAAAGCCCUUGUCUGAUCUCCGCGAUCAGCUGAAGCUUAACGCUAUGCCUCGCAAGGAUCCGCCCACAGUUUUCACGAUAGGCCCACUCCUCCUCCUCCCUGGCAUACCGGGCGCUCUUGAUGACACUAAGCCCGUGGAAAAAAGCGAGAGCAUCGCGUGGCUUGAUAAACAGCAAAAGUCUUCAGUGCUAUUUAUAUGCUUCGGAAGUCAGAGAGAGCUGCCCGAACCCCUGAUCACGGGAAUAGCAAGUGGACUCGAGGACACAGGAGUUCCUUUCCUCUGGGCUCUGCGAAUUCCACCGCAAAGCUCUAAAAUUGAAAGCCUUCCAGAAGGAUUCGAAUCACGAACGCAGUCUCGCGGACUCGUUCUAACGUCUUGGGUCCCACAGCAGGAAAUUUUACUACAUCCUUCCGUUGGAGGUUUCCUCACACAUUGUGGCUGGAACUCCAUUCUGGAAAGUAUGCUUGGAGGUGUCCCCAUCGCAGCGUUUCCCCUGUACGCGGAACAACGCAUGAAUCAGAGGUACAUGGUCAAUGCGGUGAAGACAGCGGUGGCAAUCGAAGGCGAACAUGGACAGUAUGAAGCUAAGGAAAUUGCAGCUGCAAUAAUGAGACUCUUGAAGGGAAAGGAAGGUGUAGAGGCCAGGCAAAAUAUGCAGAUAAUGAAGGAAAUGGCCUACGCUGCCAUGGAGGAGGGUGGAUCAUCACACAAGAAUCUGCAAAACUUCCUUGCCGAGGUUCAGAGGGUUAGAUGAGAAGGUUGCGUUCAGAGCAUCCUGAAACUGAACACUGCACUUGGAAGAAGGUCCAUCUUUGACCCACUCACGCGUCGUGAAGAAGGUUCGGCCCGCAAUAUUCUUCAGGAAGCCUUUUUUAUGUGCUUCUUAGUCGAGAAGAGUGAGCUCGAGCUCAAGCAGAAAAUGAUGUUCUCGCUGAACAUGACCAGUCUUUUAUCAUGAAGCUUUUGAUCCCGGACCAUUAUUCGUCAUGCAGCGGAAUAUUGUAUGUGGCCCAUAACCUUUUGCACGAGUACUCUCCCGCUAUCAUCGAGAUGUAGAUGAAGGUUAGAUAUCCAAUUGCCAAAUUGCAAAUCACCUUAUCUUUAAUUAGACUAGUUGCUAGGUAUGUAUUCCA